UUCAUGAAAAUAAUUGACAAGAGAUACGAACUCCCAUCACGAAAAUAUUUUUCAAAAACUAUCAUUCCCAGCAUGUACAGCACAGAGAGGGAAAAGGUUGCUGCUGAAUUGAGAUACGUUAAGCACGUUGCAGCCACAUCCGAUCUCUGGUCCAGCCGCACAAUGGAGCCGUAUAUUAGUCUCACAGUUCAUUACAUCGACAACAAAUGGGAGCUGCGUACCAGAGUGCUCGAGACGGCCUAUUUUCCAUCUGAUCACACGGGGGAGAUGGUUGGACAGGGGUUGAGAGUGAUGCUGUCUGCAUGGGACAUCAGUGAAGAGGACCUUGUUGCUAUAACAACUGACAACGGUCCAAAUAUUGUGAAAGCUGUCAAGCUCAAUAAAUGGACACGGGUGCAAUGUUUUGGGCACAGGCUGCACCUGGCAAUCGAAAACACCCUGAAAAAUCACCCCCCUGUGGAACGGGCAACGAAGGGAUACCAAGUCUGCUGCUGCCCCUUUUUGAAACCAAAUCCCCUGUACACAUAUAGUGACUCUGAGGAUGAGCAGCCCACAAAAAAACGGUUUCCCCAGGCACCUCGAGUGAAAAUACCAGCCCUCACCACUCCGCAGUCUUCCCCCCAGCCCACUGACAGCAGGCAUCAUAAUGCCCCUCCCAGCUUCUGGCACCUUUCGCCACUCCGGCAGAACACUCCAAACGACACGGCUUUGCGAUCUCCCCAGCAUGCAGAGUCUGAUGUCAAGGCCUUCCCUAUAGAUGAUUCCAGAGACUCUGUGAGGCCACUAUUACAAGGCAAGUUCGAACAUCUUGGAAUUUCAGAUUUUCCAUGGUAUAAAUGGUAAAUUGCCUAUAUUUGUACAGCGCUUUAACUAGUCCCUAAGGACCCCAAAGCGCUUUACACAUUCAGUCAUCCACCCAUUCACACACACAUUCACGCACUGGUGAUGGCAAGCUACAUAUACAAAUAUAUAUAUGUGACAGGCAAAAACUAUCAAACACUUUUAGCAGUUAAAACAACUAAUACUUGAAUACAGAAUGUUACA